CUAUGUGAAACAAGUUCAAAUAUACACCAGGCACAUUUCUGGGUAGGGUUAGUGUUGGCCUGUCACUCCUGCCAGAACUAUGUGGCGUAUUGCAGCUCUUCUGUGCUUUGGGUACGCCCUAGCACUGCCUCUGGAAAAGGAUUCAGAGACAAUUGAAGCCUACCCAGAAGAGAAUGCUGAAUAUUUCGAGGGGGACAUUGAACUGAGACCAGGCGAUGACCCCAGGGACCGAAAUGCCCAGAGGAAUAGAAAUUACAGAUGGCCGAACGGAGUGUUUCCCUACGUCAUUGACACCAACCACUUCUCUGCUUCUGAGCAGAGUACCAUCAAUCAAGCGAUGCAGACCUUGCACGACAAGACGAUGGUGAAUGGCAAACCCUGCAUCACAUUCAAAAAACGCACGAAUGAAGCUGCCUACAUUCAUUAUGUUGGUGGAUCUGGAUGUCACACACCAGUAGGAUAUCAUCAUGGACAGUCAGCUAUCACCCUUGGAGUUGGGUGUGGCAGAAUCGGCACCAUCAUGCACGAGACAAUGCACGCCAUGGGCUUCUGGCACGAGCAGAGUCGUCCCGACAGAGACAGCUACGUCACUAUUGAGUGGAGCAACAUCCAGCAAGGACGUGAGCACAACUUCGACAAGUACACCACCACACAGGUUGACACUCUUGGACUCCAGUACGACUACGAGUCCGUCAUGCACUACAACGCCUACAGCUUCGCCGUCGACCGCAGGAAGCCAACCAUUCUUGUCAAGCAGAAGGGAGCAGUCAUUGGACAGAGAACUCACCUGAGUCCUUUUGACAUCAAGGAGAUCCAGACGUACUAUGGUUGUUUGGCUCAACAUGGCUCCGUCUCGACGCCAGCUCCCGCUACAGUAUCACCAUCAAUUGCUGCUGAGACGUGCACCUUCAGUACCGGCUUCUGUGGCUGGACAAACCCUGGCGGUGACAAUACCAACUGGCUUCGUCAUCGUGGCGCAACACCUAGUGUUGGUACAGGACCCACUACCGAUCACUCCGGGUCAGCGUCAGGAUACUACGCCUACUUGGAAGCAUCUGGCCACUACCACCAGAAGGCUUAUCUCCUGUCCAAGACAUUGCCCGGGGGGGACUACUGUCUCAGCAUUUACUAUCACAUGUACGGACACGACAUGGGCAGUCUGAAGAUAGAAGCUAUCACUGGUGGUACCAGCAGACAUGUAAUCCAUUCCAUGUCUGGUGAUCAGGGCAACGUGUGGAAACACUACCUCCUCAAUAUUCACACCACGGGCAACUUCCAGCUUGAGAUUGAGGGCGACACCGGUGCCAGCUACAGAAGCGACAUCGCCGUGGACGAUCUGACCAUACACAACGGCCGGUGUGAUUCCCUUCAAACUGGCAAGAGAGACGUGAACGAUUUUGUAGAAAUUUAACUCUGUCGUAAAAUACCGAAAAAGAUGUAAAGUAUAUUCACAUAUGCA